UUGACUUUUGGCUCGCAAUUUUGACUUUCUUAUCACGUAAUUUUUUACUUUUUUGUCUCGUGAUUUCGACUUUUUUGUCUCGUAAUUACGAAUUUUUGUCUGAUAAUUUUCACUUUUUUGUAUCGUAAUUUUGACUUUCAUGUCGUAAUUACGACUUUCUAUCUUGUAAAUAAGACUUUUUAUCUCAUAAUUACAAUUCACCAAUAGGUAUUUUUUUUGUUUUUGUAUGACAAACGGGCCUCCACAGGUGGUUCUCGGUGAAAACAGUUUGAGAACCACAGUUCUGAAGGCUUCACAUGUAGCACAGGCAUGUUUAAAUAUGUCAGACAUGUUUAAAUAUGUCAGAUAUGUUUAAUAUUCAUCUUAAAGGAGCGUGUAUUGAUCGGGAUCUUUAAUAAGAUGAACGGUCCAGUUUCCAUGUUAUCAGACCACAUUAAUUACACGAUAUCAUUAGCUCUUGGUGGUCAUGUGACCCCUCUAGGUGUGACUAGGUCUGUAAUAUUGCUUACGUGCAGUGAUUUCUCCAGAUUCUCUGAACCUUUUGAUUAUUACAGACCGUAUAUGGUGAAAUCCCUAAAUUUGUUACGGUUCAGACCCCUGCCAGUGCCGCCCGUCCACGGGCGCACACAUCCAGGAACGAGCUGCGCGCGUCUCGGCCCUGCAGCAGCCGCCAGCUGCAAUCAAUCACCGGCAAUCUUCACACCUGAUGGUAAUGAAGGAGCUGCCUUCAUAGACCUGGACAACCUGCCAUCACUCGCCCGAUUAUAGCCUUCUGUACCUGAGUAAGCAUCCUGUGUCUGGCGUCCAUCCCGCAUACUCGCUCUUCCUCUGCGACUUCCGUGUUUCUGUUGUCUGAUGCUCCUGUUGUCUUCCCGCAGCACUCCCCGUGUUUCUCCUGGAUCCCCCGUUGUUCCCCUUGCCUCCCGGACUGCCUUUUGGAUUCUCGACCUCCCGCUUGGACACGUUUUCCCACGGACUUCCGCGUUCCUUCGCUCUCGUCAACAUUUUGGGGAGGAUUUGUAUUGUCCCGUCAACAUGUCUUGGAAGGGGAUGUCCAGUAGCAAUAUUAGCAAAGAGGAAUUUUCUCGUCGCCUGGACACCCUCUUCCCACCCUUAGAGACUGUUCCUCAGUCUGCAGGAAGCGUCUGGCAUCCGAUUUUGGAGGGGGGGGAUAGUACUGGUGGCUGUGCUGGUGUGGCGGUGGAGCGGCACCCAGACAGGCUACCCCCUGCCAAAAUAAUUCCACCUGUCUUCUGCUUUUCUCAGCCACAGCCACCAGUUCCCUGGCUAGCCUCCGAGCUAGCACCAGUCCCGUGGCUAGCGACCGAGCUAGCUCCAGUCCCCAGACUAGCCUCUGAGCUAGCACCAGUACCCGGGCCAGCGCCCAAGCUAGCAUCUGUCCCUCGGCUAGCACCUGAGCUAGCAUCUGUCCCUCGGCUAGCACCCGGGCUAGCAUCUGUCCCUCGGCUAGCCCCCGGGCUAGUAUCUGUCCCUCGGCUAGCCCCUGGGCUAGCAUCUGUCCCUCGGCUAGAGCCCGAGCUAGCAUCUUUCCCUCGGCUGGCGCCCGAGCUAACAUCAGUCCCUCGGCUAGCGCCCAAUCGAGCAUCAGUCCUUCGGCUAGCGCCCGAGCGAGCAUCAGUCUCUCGGUUAGCCCCCAAGCUAGCACCAGUUUCCAGGCUGACCCCUGCGUCUCCCCCAGCUUCCAGGCUGGCCUCGACCUCUGCCCUUCGGCCUGCAGCGCCGACUUCAGAACCUCGGCCAGCUCCUCAGCUGCCCUCCUCGUCUUCGUCUCCGAUGACGUCCGCCGCUUCCACGCCGCUGAUGACGUCCGCUGCCUCCACGCCGCUGAUGACGUCCGCUGCCUCCACGCCGCUGAUGUCCGGUGCCGCCACGUCGCCGAUGUCCGCUGCCUCCACGUCGCCGAUGUCCGCUGCCUCCACAUCGCCGAUGGCCGCUGCCUCCACGUCGCCGAUGGCCGCUGCCUCCACGGCGCCGAUGUCUGCUGCCUCUACGCCGCCGUCUUCCUAUGCCUCAACGCCUCAGACGUCACCUCUUUGUUUCUGGCGAGACGCACCAUGGCGCCAGUCGCGUCCGCCUCCCUGACGGCCAAGAUGGUGGCCGGUCCUUGGUCGCCCGCCUCGCCGGCGUCAGCUGCAUUCUACUCGCCGUCGCCACCAGACUCGUCCCCGGUGGAUUCAGGGACACUUGGGCUGGCGACCCACCACCAGUUCGCCCCUCCGCCCUCCCUUGACUUUUGUUCCUGUGCUCUUGGUGUUUCGACCUGUGGGACAUCUGGAAGCUGUCCAUAAGGAGGGGGGUACUGUUACGGUUCAGACCCCUGCCAGCCCCGCUCAUCCAUCUGUGCGCCACUCGGGACACGCCCACGGGCGCACACAUCCAGGAACGAGCUGCGCGCGUCUCGGCCCUGCAGCAGCCGCCAGCUGCAAUCAAUCACCGGCAAUCUUCACACCUGACGGUAAUGACGGAGCUGCCUUUAUAGACCUGGACAACCUGCCUAUACUCGCCGGAUAAUAGCCUUCUGUACUUGAGUAAGCAUCCUGUGUCUGGCUUCCAUCUCGCGUACUCGCUCUUGCCCUGCGACUUCCGUGUUUCUGUUGUCUGAUGCUCCUGUUGUCUUCCCGCAGCACUCCCCGUGUUUCUCCUGGAUCCCCUGUUGUUCCCCUUGCCUCCCGGACUGCCUUUUGGAUUCUCGACCUCCCGCUUGGACACAUUUUCCCACGGACUUCCGCGUUCCUUCGCUCUCGUCAACAUUUUGGUAAGACACACCUCAGCUAAUCUACACACAUAGCCUUACACCAUACACACUUGAGUUUUGGUCACACUUCAUUCCCUUGGUUUAUUCAUUAGCAGUAUUAUUAGUAGUAGUAGUAGUAUUAUAGAUAUAUGUAUAUAUUUACUAUAUAUAAUACAUCUUUGGACAUACUGCCACCUGGUGUUCGUUUGCCGUCACCUCCGCUUUAGUUAAACACAACAAAAUUCCUUGCAAUAGCUCGUUGAGAAAUGUUAUUCUUAAACUGUUUCACAAUUUGCUCAGGCAUUUGUUGACAAAAUUGGGGAUCCUCACCCUGUCCUUGUUUGUGAAUGACUGAGCAUUUUUCGGAGCUGCCUUUAUACCCAAUCAUGUCACCCACCUGUUCCCAAUAAGCCUGUUCACCUGUGGGAUGUUCUAAAUAAGUGUUUGAUGAGCAUUCUUCAACUUUCCCAGUCUUUUUUGCCGCUUGUCCCAGCUUUUUGAAACAUGUUUCAAGCAUGUUCCAAAUGAGCUAAUAUUCGCAAAAAAUAAAGUUUUCCAGUUCGAACUUAUAAUAACUUGUCUUUGCAGUCCAUUCAAUUGAAUAUAAGUUAAAAAGGAUUUGUAAAUCAUUGUAUUCUCUUUUUAUUUACCAGUUACACAACAUGACCAAUUCACUGUUUUUGAGUUUUGUACAAAUGUACAUUAAUUAUGGAUUUUUUAAUCAAUCUGCUGGGAAACAUUGUGAAUACAAACCUGUAAGUGAGGCUCCAUAAACAAAAGCGAUUGUAUAACCGCAUCGCUGAGCCAAGGCCACAUGCAGUGCGAGGAUGAAUAACGACAGCGUGGUGUGGCCACAGACGCGGCGCCGUGUUGCGCAGGAAGAGUCAGACAUGGCAUCAAGGUCCUAUGCACAGGAGGAGGCAUGACUAUUAAUGGAAGGCUAACUUGCUCCAUUAGAGUCCUCAGGAGGACUUCUUCUCAAGACGUCCUUAUUAGCCUGCCGGUUUGAUGCCUCCGCUGGCUUCAUUAAAUGUCACUUUCAGCAAUAGAAAUAACGUGUUUGGAAGUAAGCAAAAAGCAGCCUUGAUGCUGGAACUAAAAUCUGAUGACUAUUUAGAAAAUGCCAUUUUGUGUGUCUCUAAUGCAUGUUUGUCUAAAAUUGUCAAUAACGUGUGACAACGUUGUUUCUAUUUAGGGCCUCGUCACCAUAAUGGCUGCACUCAGCAGUGCAGAUCGAUACAGAAAUGUUGAUGCUGCCGAUACUAGAUCGUUAUGCCAUAAUUUGAGGGCUGUGAAUGUUUGGGUACCUCACGAUUGGAUUAAGUUUGAUUCUCGAUUCUAAAUCAACACUUUUUUUUAAUAGCAUUACGUGCCUGUUUUAUGAUUGAACUUAUGUGCAUAGCAGAUAUAGAUCAUCUACGUCAUGAUCUGUCAGAGUGGCUGGAUAGG